UUUCACUUGUUGAUCUUCUCGCAUUCGGUUACAUACAUAUUUCGGUUAUUUUUUCGUUAAUAAUUAUUUAUUCUUACGGUUUCCCAAAUUUUAUUUGUUGUUAUUAAUAAUAAUAAUCGAACUGUAAUCUCAUUUAUUUAAUCAAGUUCACUAAAAAAGCAUUAAAAACCAUGAGAAAAAAGUGUUAAACACAAAAGGUGCUUCCGUGCACUUCCAAGUUAGCAUAGCAGACCAAAAAUGAAAAAGGUUUGAUAUCUAAUUGCGAAACAAAUAAAUAAAUUCAAUAAUACCCAACAAAAAAAAAGAACUUAUCUUCAAAACGAGAGCUUCAGGACCUUCCAAGUGCCGACGUGUACAAACAAUAGAAACAAAAAUAUAUUCUAUUCCGAUACAAAAAUGGGUGACAAUAUUAUUGGUUCAGCAAGUUUCCUGCAUUUGGGAGAUGUUGUAUCUUUGUAUGCCGAAGGAAAUGUUUCAGGAUUCUUAAGUACUCUUGGAUUGGUUGAUGACAGAACAGUUGUGUGCCCAGAAGCUGGAGACUUGAACUGCCCGCCCAAAAAAUUUAGAGAUUGUCUUAUAAAAGUAUGUCCUAUGAACAGAUAUUCUGCACAGAAGCAAUUCUGGAAAGCAGCCAAACAAAGUGGCAGUUCUAAUACUGAUACGAAUCUCUUAACACGGUUGCAUCAUGCUGCCGAAAUUGAAAAGAAACAAAAUGAAACUGAAAACAAGAAACUCCUCGGCAGUUCUGUACAAUAUGGAAGUGUUGUACAAAUGCUUCAUCUCAAAUCGAACAAAUAUCUGACAGUCAACAAACGCCUUCCAUCGCUACUCGAAAAGAAUGCUAUGCGAGUCUAUUUGGACGCUAAUGGCAAUGAGGGUUCAUGGUUUUACAUAAUGCCCUUCUAUAAGCUACGUUCGAUAGGUGACAAUGUGGUUGUUGGCGAUAAAGUGAUAUUGAAUCCUGUGAAUGCAGACCAACAGAAUCUCCAUGUAGCUGCUAACUAUGAGUUGCCUGAUAAUCCUGGAUCCAAAGAGGUUAAUGUACUGAAUUCGUCAACAUCAUGGAAAAUAACACUCUUCAUGGAACACAAAGAGAAUCAAGAGCAUAUUUUGAAAGGGGGCGAUGUUGUGCGACUGUUCCAUGCCGAACAAGAGAAAUUUCUCACCAUGGAUGAGUAUAAGAAACAACAGCAUGUAUUCUUGAGAACCACAGGCAGAACAAGUGCAACAGCUGCAACUAGUAGUAAGGCUCUGUGGGAAAUUGAAGUUGUCCAACAUGAUUCUUGUCGUGGUGGAGCUGGCCAUUGGAACUCAUUAUAUCGCUUCAAACACCUCGCAACCGGUUAUUAUCUUGCAGCUGAACUCGAUGGAGAUACAACCUUUGAAGAUGCCUCUGAUAGUGGAAUGAGAACAAUGGAUAAAUCCAAAGGAGAACAAUUCCGUCUAGUUUCGGUUCCUUAUUCAACUGAAAUAGCUUCAGUAUUUGAAUUGGAUCCGACGACUAUGACAAGAGCCGAUAGUCUUGUACCGCAGUCGAGCUAUGUCCGAUUGAGACAUUUAUGUUCAAAUACCUGGGUUCAUGCAACUUCUAUUCCAAUCGAUAUUGAUGACGACAAACCUGUUAUGUCCAAGGUUUGCUGUUCUGCUAUCAAAGAAGAUAAGGAAGCUUUUGCCCUUAUCCCUGUUUCUCCAGUAGAAGUUCGUGAUCUAGAUUUUGCCAAUGAUGCCUGCAAAGUAUUAGCAAAUGUGACAUCUAAAUUUGAAAACGGAACAAUUUCGGUAAAUGAAAGAAGAGCCCUUGUGUCUCUUCUUCAAGAUAUUGUCUUUUUCAUUGCCGGCAUGGAAAAUGAACAAAAUAAAACCAAAGCACUCGAAUUGACAAUCAAAAAUCCAAUUCGUGAUCGUCAAAAGCUUCUUCGCGAGCAAUACAUUCUCAAGCAAUUAUUCAAAAUUCUCCAGGGACCUUUUCAAGAGAAAGAUGGGGAACCACCAUUUCUUCGAUUGGACGAUUUAAGUGAUCCUAAAAACAGUCCAUAUAAAAAUAUAUUUCGUUUGUGUUAUCGCAUUUUGAGACUUUCUCAACAAGAUUACAGGAAAAAUCAGGAGUACAUUGCAAAACAUUUUGGACUGAUGCAAAAGCAAAUUGGUUAUGAUAUCCUAGCUGAAGACACAAUUACUGCAUUAUUGCACAAUAAUCGAAAGCUACUCGAAAAACAUAUUACAGCUUCAGAAAUUGAAACAUUUGUUGGCUUAGUUAGGAAAAAUAUGCUUUGCUGGGAUUCUAGAUUUUUGGAUUAUUUAUCUGAUUUGUGUGUAUCAAAUAGAAAAGCCAUUGCUGUUACACAAGAAUUAAUAUGCAAAAGUGUAUUGAGCUCAAAGAACGCCGAUAUUUUAAUUGAAACUCAUGUCAAACGAUCGCCAGUGAAAAAACAAGCCAAACAAGAUAUUCCUUUGGAGGAAACAUUGGAUGAAGAUAAUGAGAAUGAUAAUUUAUUGGUAGAAAUCAAUGAAGAUAACACGGUGAUAAGUUCGAAUAAUUAUGAAAUUCACUUACAAUGGAAAGGUCAACCGAAAUCGAAAUCCAUGGCAGAAUUGGCAAGUUCAUCAUGUCAAGGUAGAACUGAAGAAGGUGAAAUUCUCAACUACUAUCGCCAUCAAUUGAAUCUAUUCUCGAAUAUGUGCCUAAAUAGGCAAUAUCUCGCAUUAAAUAAUCUCUCACCACAAUUAAAUAUUGAUCUAAUUUUAAGAUGUAUGGCAGAUGAAACAAUUCCUUAUGAAUUGAGAGCAUCAUUUUGUAGACUAAUGCUGCAUUUACACGUUGAUCGUGAUCCACAGGAGCCAGUUACUCCUGUUAAAUAUGCCAGAUUAUGGAGCGAAAUAUCAUCAAAAAUGUCAAUUCAAGACUAUGAUUAUAAGAAACAUCCUGAUUGCAAUAAGGAAGCAGUUCGUGCUAAAUUUAACACAACAAUUGUUUUUGUAGAAAACUAUUUGUGUAAUGUUGCAGUUAAGGCGUGGCUCUUUACUGAUCAGGAGCAAAAUAAAUUGACAUUUGAGGUUGUUAAACUUGCACGAGAUUUAAUCUACUUUGGAUUCUACAGCUUCAGUGACUUACUGCGUUUAACUAAAACGCUACUUUGUAUUCUGGAUUGUGUUUCUAAUAAUAACACUAGUGCAAGUGCUCGUUAUAAUACUAAUGACGUUGAAUCUGAAGGCGGUGUUCUCCGUUCAAUAGGUGACAUGAACACAGUGAUGACAUCGCUCGCCCUCGGUCCAAUUGGAUCAGCUAUGGCCACGCCUACAAUUCAACAGCGAAAAUCCAUAAGUCAAAUGAAAGAAUAUCCACUUGUGAUGGAUACAAAAUUGAAAAUAAUCGAAAUCUUACAAUUUAUACUCGAUGUUCGCCUAGACUAUCGAAUAAGCUGUCUACUAUCGAUAUUUAAACGAGAAUUCGAUGAGACUGAAACACAACCUACCGAAUCUAUGAUAAAUGCUCGUCAGAAAAAUAUCGAUUUGGAAUCAAUUGGUAUUCAAGCUGAGGGAAUAUUUGGCAGUGAUGGUGACGUUGCCAAUUUAGAUCUCGACGGCCAAGGUGGACGAACAUUUUUGAGAGUUUUAUUACAUCUCAUAAUGCAUGAUUAUCCACCGUUGGUUUCUGGAGCUCUUCAUUUGCUUUUUAGGCAUUUUAGCCAGAGACAAGAAGUUUUACAUGCUUUUCGACAGGUCCAACUUUUGGUUUCUGACAGUGAUGUUGAAUCUUAUAAACAAAUUAAAUCGGAUUUAGACAUACUCAGACAAAGUGUAGAGAAAUCAGAGCUGUGGGUUUAUAAGUCCAAGGCAAUGGAAGAAAAUUCAAUGGUGGUUCCAGUUGAUCGGUCAUUAGAAAAAUCACUUGAAACUACCCUCAGCUCAGAAUACAGAGCAUCACUGAGCUUAGAACAACUGACGGAAUAUCAAAAAGUCAAAGACAUUCUUAUUCGAAUGAAUAAGUUUUGUGUAACCAGUGGUUCAAAUAUAAAGCCACGCAAACAUGAACAACGGCUUCUGAGGAAUGUUGGUGUUCAUACCGUCGUGUUGGAUCUUCUGCAAAAUCCCUACGAUGAAAAAGACGAUGUCCUAAUGCAAGAGCUAAUGUGUUUGGCUCACGAAUUUCUGGAGAAUUUCUGUCUGGGCAAUCAACAAAAUCAAGUCUUGCUGCAUGAUCAUUUGGAUUUGUUUCUUAAUCCAGGAAUAUUGGAAGCAAAAACAGUUUGCGCAAUCUUCAAGGAUAAUCUCUCACUUUGUAAUGAAGUUACAGACAAAGUUGUUCAGCAUUUUGUUCAUUGCAUUGAAAUUCACGGCCGACAUGUUGUUUAUUUACAAUUCCUUCAGACUAUCGUCAAGGCCGAAAAUCAAUUUAUACGAAAAUGUCAAGAUAUGGUAAUGCAGGAGCUCAUAAAUGCAGGCGAAGAUGUCCUAGUCUUCUAUAACGAUAAAUCGUCAUUUAAUCAAUUCGUCACCAUGAUGAAAAAAACUAACAAAGAACAACCUCUAUCCGAUGAAAAUCCCCUCAAGUAUCACGUGGAAUUGGUCAAGCUACUAGCUUGUUGUACAAUGGGCAAGAAUGUUUACACCGAAAUCAAAUGCAACAAUUUGUUGUCGCUCGAUGAUAUAGUAACAGUUAUAUGUCAUCCAGAUUGUAUACCCGAAGUCAAAGAAGCCUAUGUAGACUUUUUGAAUCACUGUUACAUUGACACUGAAGUCGAGAUGAAGGAGAUCUAUUCCUCGGGUCAUAUGUGGAAUUUGUUCGAGAAGUCCUUUUUGGCAGAUAUUAAUCAGCUGAUUGCCAUCAUCCAAGUGGAACAAAAUAAGGCUUUGAUCAACUAUGUACUGACUGGAGUCAUGACAAUCCUAGGAACAUUCUUUAGCAGCCCAUUUUCGGACCAGAGCACAAUUGUCCAAACACGCCAAAUGAUAUUUGUACAACUUUUGCAAGCCACGUACAAACUAUCUCAAUGCAAAUGGCUAUCUCUAGCUGAACGCUUUAAUGUCGAAAAUUGCAUCAAAACCUUGUCGGAAUCAGCAAAGACAAGGAGCAUCGCGAUUCCAUUAGACCUAGAGCAGAAAGUUGUUUCGAUGUCUAGUAAAACAGCGUUGCUUACUCGGCAGACUACCAAAUGGCUUCUAGCUUCAAAACAGCCGAAGUAUGACAGCGCUUAUUACUCCAAUUGCAUGCGAAUGGACCGAAGUAUAAUUGAGGGUCUACAAGACAUUGUAUCACUUCUAGAGGACCAACUCAAGCCACUAGUCGAAGCGGAGUUGUCUCUUUUAGUUGACAUUCUAUACCGUUCUGAGUUACUAUUCCCAAAGGGUACAGAGUCCCGGAAAAGAUGUGAAAGUGGAGGAUUCAUAAGGAAACUCAUCAAACACACCGAGAAGUUGUUAGAAGAGAAAGAAGAAAAGCUCUGUGUUAAAGUUCUAAGAACUCUGAGGGAAAUGAUGGCGUUUGAUGUGAACUAUGGAGAAAAGGGUGAUUCUCUACGAAACUCACUGCUAAUUCGUUAUUUCGGUAAAGGAUUUUCACAGAAGUCCAUAGAAGGUGUAGAUAGUCGCCGGCCACACGUUGUUACCCAUGGACCAGGAGCCAAGUAUCUAAUACGGGCAGGAAAAACCCUACAUGAAGUUCAAAACCAUCUGGACCGGGAAGGAGCUUCGGAUUUGGUGGUGGAACUUGUCAUAAAAUCUGUGCAUUCGCCUUCAAUCUUUGUCGAAGCUGCUGAACUCGGCAUAGCCCUACUAGAGGGUGGAAAUCCUAUAAUUCAAAAAGGGAUGUUCACUAAAUUUCUCAGUGGUGAUUUAAAUCAAGCAUUUUUCAAGGUUUUCUUCGAGAAAAUGAAAGAUUCCCAGCAAGAAAUCAAGUCGACUGUGACGGUUAAUACCUCUGAUAUAGCCGCCAAGGCUCAUGAAUCCAAACCCCACGAUAUGAGCCUAGAACUUGAGAAAAUCUCUCGAAAACAUGGUGUCAAAAGUAAUGGAGUGGUCAUUACUGAAGAACUGAAAAAGGAACUUCACAACGCUGGACUGGCAACUGCAAGAGCAUAUAGUCACGCUCGAAAUAUGGCAACCGGUGAUGAUGCGUCCGCCUUAAAUAUAUCGAGUCCCCUCGAAGAUAUUCUAGCGGAAAAACUGGAGAAAAACAAAGACAAGGACGAUCGCAAUAAGCUUUCGAAUAAAGUUCUGGUCAUGCAACCUAUUUUGAGGUUUCUUCAACUUCUUUGCGAGAAUCAUAAUCCUGACCUGCAAAAUCUUCUACGCAACCAAAACCAAAAGACAAACUACAAUCUCGUGUCGGAGACUUUGAUGUUCUUGGACUGCAUUUGUGGCUCUACAACGGGCGGAUUGGGUCUGCUUGGUUUGUAUAUCAAUGAGAAUAAUGUGGCACUUAUAAAUCAGACGUUAGAAACCCUCACCGAGUACUGUCAGGGACCCUGUCAUGAAAAUCAGAAUUGCAUAGCUACGCAUGAAUCCAAUGGUCUGGACAUCAUAACAGCUUUGAUUAUGAAUAACAUCAAUCCCUUGGGUGAAAAUCGAAUGGAUUUGGUUUUGGAGCUGAAGAACAACGCAUCGAAGCUGCUGCUCGCCAUAAUGGAGUCCCGCGGAGACAGUGAGAACGCCGAAAGAAUUCUAUACAACAUGAACCCCAAACAAUUGGUUGAAGUUGCUUGCAAAGCUUAUCAUCAGGAAGAAAUGGUCGAUGAAAGUGAACAUGAUGAUUCCGAACCGGAAGACGAUGAUGCAACAGUAUCACCUCGUGAAGUUGGCCAUAACAUAUACAUUUUGUGUCAUCAAUUGGCACAACAUAACAAAGAUUUGGCUACGCUCCUCAAAUCUUCAGAUGAGGCACUGAAUUUUGAUUCAAAAAUGAGUCAAGCAUUGAUGUAUUACGCAACCCAUACAGCACAGAUUGAAAUUGUCAGAAAUGAUAGGACCCUAGAGCAAAUUGUAUUCCCUAUACCUGAAAUAUGCGAAUAUCUAACGACUGAUACUAAAAUUAAGAUUUUAAAUACAGCUGAGAGAGAUGACCAAGGAUCUAAAGUGGCUGAUUUCUUUGAACGGGCCGAAGAGAUGUUUAAUGAAAUGAAGUGGCAAAAGAAACUAAGAGGUCAACCUGCACUUUUUUGGGUCAGCAGUUAUAUGUCAUUAUGGGCGAGUAUACUAUUCAAUUGUGUCGUUGUGAUAAACAUGAUUGUUGCGUUCUUCUAUCCAUUUGACAACACUGUUCCCGAACUGCUUCCCCAUGUUUCUUGGCUAUUUUGGGCAAUAAUGUUAUUUUCUCUGGUGAUUGUUAUUAUGUUGCCACGUGAAUCUGGUAUACGAACUCUUAUUGGUUCAGUGAUAUUACGGUUUAUAUUUUUAAUUGGACCGGAACCGACUCUUUGGUUGUUAGGAUCAGUGACUGUGGCACUAAAGGGAGUUCACAUCAUUAGUAUCAUGGGCAAUCAAGGAACUCUGGAGAAGAACUUUUUGAAACUUAUAACAGACUUUCAACUUUUUUACCACUUUGGGUACAUAUGUUUUGUCUUUUGUGGCCUUCUAGUUCAUCCAUUUUUCUAUUCGCUAUUGUUAUUCGACGUUGUUUACCGCGAAGAGACAUUGGUAAAUGUCAUUCGAUCUGUUACUCGAAAUGGUCGUUCUAUUGUUCUUACAGCUGUUUUAGCACUUAUUCUUGUAUACCUUUUCUCUAUAAUAGGCUAUAUAUUCUUUAAAGAUGACUUUUUAGUACCUGUUGAUCCAGAUUUGCCUUUUGAAGAGAAUGAACAACUUAUAAAUCACCUUACUGGUGAACCCAUUAAUGCUGACUCGUGUAUUUCUCCCGAUGAUGUUGCUAAAAUGCGCCAAGAGCCUAGUGAUGGGGAACAAAAAGAACGGGCCUGUGAUUCACUGGUCAUGUGCAUUGUAACAACCCUAAAUCAAGGUCUCCGUAAUGGUGGUGGAAUUGGUGAUAUUUUAAGAGCUCCAUCGAGUAAGGAAGGACUUUUUGCAGCACGUGUCAUCUAUGAUCUUCUCUUCUUCUUUAUUGUGAUUAUUAUUGUACUUAACUUAAUUUUCGGUGUGAUAAUCGAUACAUUUGCCGAUCUCAGAAGUGAAAAACAACAAAAAGAGUUGAUCUUGAAGAAUACCUGUUUCAUUUGUGGUUUGAAUAGAUCGGCAUUCGAUAACAAAACCGUUAGUUUCGAGGAACAUAUCAAAAGCGAACACAACAUGUGGCACUAUUUGUACUUUAUUGUCUUGGUUAAAGUGAAAGAUCCAACUGAAUUUACCGGACCCGAAAGUUAUGUAUAUGGAAUGGUCAAAGCUGGCAUUUUGGAUUGGUUUCCUCGAUUGCGAGCAAUGUCCUUGGCAGCUGUUGAUUCAGAUGGUGAUCAAAUUGAAUUGAGAAGCUUGCAAGUGAACUUAGAAGAAACACAAAUAUUGGUUACGAAUUUAUCACAGCAAUUACGUGAGCUUAAAGAUCACAUGACAGAGCAAAGGAAACAGAAACAACGAUUGGGUCUGUUGAAUCCGGGCGCAUCGACCAUAGCAGGAUACCAGUUCGCUUGAAACUGGAAGUAAUUAUAGGCAAAUGAGUGUGUAUAGAAUUAAAUGUAUAUGUAUGUAAUAGAUUAGAAAGAAUAUGAAACAGUUAUGCAAAUAGCAGCGAUUGAUGCGUUUGUAAUUUAUUUUUAGAUCUAAUAAAUUAGUUAGAUGGUUGUGUUUAAAGUCGA